AUGCCCGCCCAGGACAAAUAUACAGACCCCGAACUCCGCGACGAGGUCAAGGAAGAAGUCAAGCAGAGCGACAAGGGCGGAGCACCGGGACAAUGGUCGGCCAGAAAGGCACAAUUCAUGGCCGCCGAAUACAAAAAGCGUGGGGGAGAUUACAACACCUCCAAGGAGGAAGGAGAAAAGAAGGACGAGUCCCAACGGAGUCUCAAUCAAUGGACAGAAGAGGAAUGGCAGACGAAGGAAGGCUCGGGAACUGCGAAACAGGAGGAUGGAACGGAGAAGCGCUAUCUACCAAAGAAGGCGUGGGAAAAUAUGAGUGAUAAGGAGAAGGAGAAAACAGAUAAGAAGAAACAACAGGAGUCGAAGGACGGUAAGCAGUUUGUGUCGAAUACUGGAAAGGCACAGGAGGAAAGGAAAAAGGCGACGGAAGAGACUAAAAAGGAAGGAGAAGAGGAGGAUGGCGAAGAACAGAAUGGACAGGAGGAACAAGAUGAGAAAGCGUCCAAAUCCAAUGACAAUGGGAAGCAUGAGAAUGACCAAAAAGAAGAUGAGUUGGAAGAAGAUGAGAAAGCAUCUAGAUCCGAUGACAAUGAAGUGGACGAUGGCGAUGAUCGAGAGGAAAAUGGUUUGGACCAAGAUGGCAAGUCUGAUGGCGAAAUUGCUUCCAAGGCUCAAAAGGGCCGCAAGGGGGGAACGGGUCAGAAGAAGCAAAAUAAUCAGAAGGCCGAGGCUGGAACCAAACGCACCUCCGGUCAAGAAAAGACUCCGACCAAGAAGCCCAGAACACGCCAGGACAGCAAGGCUGAAAAUGAAUCAAAAUGA